AUGUCUAAAAAGGCUGGAGGUAAAAAGAAGAAGAAACCAGAAGAGGAGGAUCUCUCAACUGAGUAGCUUCCUAAGGUUUAUCGCCGUAAAUGCGAAGCUCUGCAAGCAACUUCUUGCAAAUAGUUCAGAGAAAAAAUAGAAGAAGCACUGGAUGACUAAGAUCAUGUCAAAAAACUUCAUUUAUUUGAUCCUUUGCAACCAUUAGGCAUUAGGGCUAUUAUGGAGAGUUUAGCAGAUCUAAAGUAUAAGCACCUUCAAAGCAUAAAAUUAGUAAAAGUUGAAUGUCAGGAUGAAGGGGUUUAGUAUAUUUGCAACUAUAUGGAAAAAGGUUAGUGUGUUAAGCUUUUAAAUUUGCCUCAUAAUGAAAUAACUUUUGUUGGCUGUGAAUUUUUAGGAAAAACAGUAGGUAAUACUCUCCAUGUGAAGCUUUAAAAGCUUAAGCUAGACUUCAAUAACAUAGGAACUAAAGGUCUAGCAUUGUUAGCUAAAGGUCUGUGCAUGAACCCUUUUUUAGAAAGGCUUUCUUUGAAUUUUUGUAAUAUAGAUUCUAAUGGUGCUAAAUAUCUUCAACAAAUAUUAGCUUAUGUAGAUAGCUCUCUUCAUACCUUAAAACUUAGAGGAAACUUUUUAAGAAAUGAAGGUAUUUAUUAGCUAUUUAGAGCCUUAGAAUGCAACAACUGGCUCUAAAAGCUGAUUGUUGCAAACAAUUAAUUUGGAGAAAGUGAAGAAAUCCCAGUUAUUGAAAAGAUAUGCGAAGUUAUGAUGAAAAACAAUAGUCUUCAAAUUUAUGAUCUAGACUAGAAUGGUAUUUACGAUGAUGGUGCUCGCAAAUUGUUUGAGUGUUACAAAAUGUAUAAAGUUAUAAAGAGAAUACCAUUACAAGACUUAAUUAGUAAAGAAAUCAAAAUGGACUUUAAGAAAAUCUAGAAGAAGAGAAAGUUCAAACUUAAAAAGAAAAAGAAGAAGAAGAAAAAAAAAGGCAAAGGCAAGAAGAAGAAGAAAUGA